GAGGCCUUUUAGUCUGAGGUUCCCUCUUGGCCCCUUGGGGGGAAGCCCUGGCUGGGCUGGGGCACCCCCACAGGGGAUGGGGUUGAUGGGAACUGGGGUCAUCGUCUCUCUAUGCAGUGUCUGUAAAGCCCCCCGCCUUGAGGCGCCUGGGGAUGCGCCUUGCUCCUGCCUUUGUGCUCCCCGCCCCCUUUAUCAGAAGCAAGGGAAUAAAAGCAGCAAAGUGGCAGCAGGAUGUGCUGGGAAGGAGGGAUCAUGGCAAAAGCUGGAGGAAAAGGAGUAAACCUGAAAGACAAACUUGAUGGCAAUGAAUUGGACUUGAGCCUGAGUGACCUGAAUGAGGUACCAGUCAAAGAACUGGCUGCCCUUCCAAAGGCUACCAUAUUGGAUUUGUCCUGUAACAACCUCACUUCUCUACCGUCGGACUUCUGCAGUUUGACCCACCUGGUGAAACUUGAUCUGAGUAAAAAUCAGCUUCAGCAACUCCCCUCAGACUUUGGUCGCCUGGUUAACUUGCAGCACCUGGAUCUCCUGAACAACCGAUUAGCCAUGCUACCAGUCAGUUUUGCACAGCUCAAGAAUCUGAAGUGGUUGGAUCUGAAGGACAACCCCUUGGAUCCUAGCCUGGCCAAGGUGGCAGGCGACUGCCUGGAUGAGAAGCAAUGUAAACAGGCUGCUAUCAGAGUGCUGCAGCAUAUGAAAGCUAUCCAGUCUGAGCAGGAUCGAGAGAGGCAACGAAGGCUACAAGCAGAGCGAGAAAUGGAGAAGAAGCGUGAAGCAGAGCAGCGAGCAAGGGAGGCUCAGGAGAGGGAACUGCGGAGGCGAGAGAAGGCAGAAGAGAAGGAACGCAGGAGACGGGAGUACGAUGCACUAAGAGCGGCAAGGCAAGAGAUGGAAACACAAACAAAAAAAGAAAGCAGUGAGAUCCCAAAGCUUUCAUCAGUUUCUCAUCCAUCUCAGCUGCCCCGGCACAGGCGCUCCUGGUUCCAGGCAUUGUUGAAGCUGCUGCUCUUGAUAUUUCUGUGUGCCCUUAGUACUGUGGCUGUUUGUCGGGUGACGGAGCUGCAGCGCCAGUCUCUGUGCAUCAGCGUGAACGCUCUCUAUGAGGAUGUGGUAACUGCUCUGAAAAGCCACAAAAUUGUGCAAAAUGUAUUACAUCAGAACUCGCAGCAAUGAUGCUGCUACCUGGACAUGUGCAUUGUCAGCAUCUCUUGCCACCAUCGACACAGCCAGAAUUCCUAUGGAAUUGUGUUCUGGUGAAACUGCCUUUAAUCAGUCAGCACUGGAUUUGCUGGUCCAUUCAGAACAGAGCAGAACUACUGCUUAGGUCAUUUUUGUUGUGCUUGUGUCUCAGCUGGUCUGCAACUCCUGUUGUUUGCUAACAUUAAAUUAGAACAUGUUAAGACUCUCUCCCUCACUCAUGGAGCAGGAGGUUGCCAGUCAACAGAGGAGUGAGGAAAGCCAUAACCCACAUGGGUAACUAUGGCCCUGUAAGGAGGUGGAGUAUAUCCAUCUUCUUGCUGACACUUGCAGGAAGGUUCAUGCAAACCUUUGGUAAAAUCAGUGGUGGUGUGGCUGUAUGGUAUAGAAAUAUACAUAAGCCCAUUCCAGGACCCAUUAGAAGUAUGUAGGAUGGCUGUGUAUUGAUACAUCAGGGUGGCGGAGUGAUGAAAUGCUGUUGAAAUAAGAAUUGUCAGCUUUGUCAAUAUAACAGUUUUCGCAGCA